AUUUGGGACGACUAGUGCAGAUAGUCUUUGUGUGGCUUUGCGCGAAAUUUAACAAAACAAACGAAUAUCUUUUACUACUCUUCGCGUAUUCGUUACACAGCGAAAACACUACAGAUCGUCCAAUUGGUCACUAAUUGUUUAAUUUAAUUUAAUUUUUGAACCAGUCGCGUGUGUGCAACUUUCUGACGUAAACUAUGAGGCAAUAGAAAACCAUACUGCCUCCAGUAACAGAAAAGAACAAGUUGAGAUACAACAGUGAAAGGAUUUUAUUUUUCGGCUUCUGCAGAAGAAAACAAGACAGCCGUUUGUGACGAUAGAAGAACUGACAACUAGGUGUCUCUCAAAGUAGUAUUAGCCAUAUUAUUCUCAUUAUAGGUGAGACAGCGUCCUCUACACUUACAUUUAACCCAUAACCAGGGCCCGACUCUCGAAAUCUCAAGUGGCAACACACCUUCGAAACAAACUUCUUAUCAAACUGUUGUUGACAAACGGACGCCAUAAAAACUUUCAUAACAUCUUUGUUUCGCUGUUUUUAUGUAUACUCUUAUCUCCGUGCAGUUUUUCAGCUGUAUACUUUAACGUCAAGGGCAGUGAAUUUUGUGAUAUUAACGUUGUAAAAAGACGGAGAUUAAGUUUAAGAUAAAAGUGACAUGAAAGGAUCGUCAAGUUAAUAUAAUGUCAGUUGUUUAUGACGGUGAUGUAUCACACCAAUUGUUCGCUAUAUCUUAAACUGUGAAAGGAAGAUCUUAUCAAGCAGAAUUUGAGAUAAUUAAACGUUUCCUCCCCAAGGACGUCCUUUGACAACGAGAAGCCAUAUUUUAGUAGUUUGAUUUGUUAGUGCACUUAGUUGGUAGUGGUUACAUCUUUGGUAAUAGAUGCUAUUUGUUAAUCAACUUUAUAUACAAUUUAACAACUAUUGAAUUUUUAUAGUUCUAAGUCCAAAUGUGGGCCAUCCUUGCAGUUAUUUUUGUAUUUUCCUUCUACUAUCUUCUGACGACGAAGGCCUUACCACCUUUACAUGGUGUGUACAGCCUACCAGGCAGAUAUUUCCUGUUAAAGAAGUUUGUGAGUUUUUUCUACCUGAAAAUCAGGAGAUUGAUUAUUAGAAAAAGAUUUGAUUUAUACGACCUAUAUGACCUGACAGAUUUGGUAAAGAGUGGAUGUAUGCCUCCAGCAGAAGAGACAGCAUUAGAAGCACCUCAGACUGCAAACCAUGUAGCUACCAACUGCGAUGAGGUCUUUUUCUGUGGUGUGAAGUCCACAGGGGAAUGUCUGGUGGUCAAGAUGUCCAGGCUACCAAAUAAGAUGGCGGAGAUCAUGGUUUUAAUAAAGACAGCUGAUGGGAGACGUUACAGCUAUCCUGAAGGACCAACAAAAGAAAUAUACACUGGAAAUAUUAACGAAUUCAUCGGCGGAGGGUUAGAGUUGAAAUGUAUAAGUGCCAUGAGAAAAUGGAGAAUUUCUUUUAAUGGACUUUUAAGAGAAACUCGUCAAGGUAUUUGUGAAUCCAAAGUGUUGCAUGUCAAGUUCAGUUUCAUUUGGCAAACAAUGUCGAAUGUUUAUGACUUAACUAAUGACAUAAACUUAAGUGAAGUGGCUGAGGCAUUAGCCAAAGAGCCAUGGUCUGGUUACUUGCCAGACGUUAACAGGUUCCAAAGGGUCCUAGAUGUGUACGAACAAGGAGGACAACUUCUAGGAAGUGUUACAGUAGAGGGAAUAGAAGAAGAGUUUAUCUUGUGGGGAAUAAGAAAACGUUCUUUAGGACCCACAGUUCAGUUACAUCGUUGUGUUGAUUUCUUUGGUUUUACCAAGAAUGGUAAUUUAUUCCAUGUGGGUGCUCUGUCAUUUCCUGGAAUUGUAACCAAUCUUGUAUAUGGACAUUACAUUCAUUCUAAUGGGAUGUAUUUCCAUAUCAGAUCAUGUAACUUCAAACUUCACCUAGCAGCAGAAAAUAAACAAAUACCUCAUUUUGAGAGGUUUACUUUUAAAGCUGGUCACAAAGACAUUCAUUGUACCAUAACAUUUGAAACACACUUGUGUAAUUUUACCAAUAGAACCACACAACAACAUUUCAAAUAUUCUACCAUUACUAUGAAUGGCUAUCAAGGAUCUGGGAUAUCUGUGUUUGUAUAUGGGAUGACCAAACCUUCUAUUGCGCCUAUUCCUUCUCCACUAGACAUCUUUCACAGUCAAGAAUCACCCAUGAUAAACCAACUAGCAUUAGAUUUUGAUCAUACUAAUUGUCAACUUACAAGACUUGCUGGAGGAAAAGGUUCUUCUCUGGGCAAGUUAACGAAAAUUUCUCACUAUACAAGCUCUUUUGUUGUCCCAAAAGGUAUUGUUGUUACAACUUCAGCAUAUAAGGAAUUCAUAAAAAAAGGUAAUUUACAUGAAGUAAUAAUGACCCUUGAGGAGGUUGCAUGGUGUCAUGUUACAGGGAACUUGAAAGAAAUUUGUGAACGUGUGGUGAGGGAUGUUAGUAAAACUAAGCUUCCUGCAGAAGUAUCUGAAGCUAUUCAGAAGAAAAUGCUCCUGAUCUUUGGGGGAAAUUUGGAUAACCUCAGAUUUGCUGUUAGGUCUUCAGCAUCAGGUGAAGAUUCAGAUGAAAUGUCAGCAGCUGGACAGAAUGAAACCUUCUUGGGGGUUAGAGGACUUCCACAGGUCAUAGAAGCUGUGUCCAAAUGUUGGGCUUCUCAGUUUUCAUAUGUUGCUGUUGAGUAUAAACGACGCAAUGGUCAGUUGCUAAACUCUCCUAUGGCAGUAGUUAUUCAAGAGAUGGUUCCUGCUGAAGUUGCAGGAGUUAUGUUUACUUGUGAUCCAGUGACUGCUAACCCAUCAGUUAUCACCAUUUCAGCUAACUAUGGGCUUGGAGAAACUGUUGUUUCUGCUGCUGCUGAACCUGAUACUAUAUUUUUAGAUAGGGAUUACACCAACAAAAUAACAUACCGGUCAGUAAGUAUUGGUAAGAAAAACAUCUGUACUGUUGUAGAACCUGAUGGUGAAAUAAAAGUAGCAGCAGCAACUGGGGACUCUUCACAAUCAUGCCUUUCAGAGUCUACAGCUUUAGCACUAGGAAAAGUUGGUAUCUUGGUUGAAGAAUAUCUUACUAGUCUCAGAGACAUUGAAUGGGCUAUUAUUAAUGAAAACAUUUAUCUACUACAAGCCCGACCGGUGACGUCGGCUCAUACGGAGACAGAAUUUGAGAUUACUCACGAAAUGGAUGCACCCUUAAAAAGUGAAGAUGAAUUUCUCAGCAAAGCUAAUGUUGGUGAGGUUAUGCCUGGAGCUAUGAGUACGCUUGGGCUUAUAGUUAAUCUAUAUAGUUUUGAAGCAUCUUUUAAGCAAAUGGCAUUAGAAUUUGGAUUCCCAUCUGAAAUGUUCUCUCCCUAUACUGCCCAAACUUUUUCAUGCAAGUUCAACCAUAUUUUCUAUGAUAUGGUUAGUGAUCCAUACUUAGGUAGUGAAAAUAAUAUGGCUGCUGGUUACAAGGUGGCAUUGUUUGGUUCGCUAAUACGUGAUAAAGAACUAACAGAUCGUAUUAAUGACAGAUGUAGCAUGAUGAAUAUGUCUUUACCAAUGAAGUUAAGACAGGCCUUUGUCAUGGGUAAGGGUCUACUAUUAGGUGAGCAAAAUUUUAGAACUUUGCAAAAGAAAUAUGCUGACAGUGAUCUCCCUCUGAACUAUAAAGAGGCAGAUGGUAUGUACAAGUUCAUUGGUCAAAAUAUUCUAAGUAUUACUAACAAACCAAUUUUAUGUCAUUCUAGUUGCAGUGUGAACUCUAUGUUAUGGAAUACAUUUGUUUUAAACUUGUUGGUAUCAGCAGAAAAAGAGUGGAAUACAAAAGUGUUUUCAGAUUUUGGUUACCUUCUAUCCACAUGUACCAACAUUGAGAGUGCUGAUGUUCCAUCAACUAUAGAAAAACUGGUGCUAGAUAUUAGUAAAGAAAUUGACAAAGAUGAGUUUCUAAGCAUGACUCCAGAAACUGCUUCGAGGUGGUUAAGUGUCAGUCAAUCUAAAGCUGGGGAGGCUUUUCGAGAAUUCCUUCGUAAUCAUGGACAUCGUUGUGUGAAGGAAUUUGACAUCUACUCUAAGCCCUGGGCAAUUGAUCCAACACAUAUUGUUCAGUCUCUACAAACUCUAAUUGUAACAGCUGAUGAUGACUUUGUACAGAACAAAGAAGUCAGUGAAGAAAAAACAAUUUCCAAUCUUCAGGUAUCUUUAUCUUGGUGGCAGAAAUUGAUUUUAUGGUUUCUUUUACCUCGAGUAAGAUCUGGUGUCCGGCUCAGAGAAUCCUCCAAAUCUUUCGUAAUAAAAAAAUAUGAUGCUUUACGCAGAGCUUACAAUCAUCUUGCUACACUGAUGGUGAAAGAAGGAUAUUUACCUGAUGCUUGUCUCCUGUUUUUCUUGACUCACGAAGAAAUUGGACAGCUACUUCAGACCCGAUCAUCAAGGCUAAUAAGUAAAGCAGUUCGUCGGCGGAAGAUCCACCCUCAGUUGAAUGCGCUACAAUUUGCUGAAAUAACUAGAGGAAUAACUAAACCAGUAAACAAAACAGAGAUGAAAAAACAAAAUACUUCAAAUACUUAUAUCAUAGGUACACCAGUUAGCAGAGGAGUUAUUCAAGGUCCAGUUAGAGUGGUGACUUGUCUAGAAAAAGCUGUUGAAAUACAACCGGGGGAUAUCCUGGUCACAUAUAGUACUGACAUUGGAUGGAGUCCAUAUUUCCCACUUUUGUCUGGAAUAGCUACUGAGUUGGGAGGACUAAUUUCUCAUGGUGCCGUUGUUGCCCGAGAGUAUGGACUUCCCUGUGUGGUGGGACUUCAUGGAGCUACAAGUUUCUUUGUUUCUGGAGAGAUGGUCCAGCUUGAUGGGAGCAGUGGACGGAUAGAAAAAUUAACUAGUUUAGAACAUCCUCUGGAUGCUAAAAGUAUAACUGACAAAUUAUCAUAGAUAUAGUGAAAUUUAUUGGUUAUUAAUUGUAAGUUUUGCAUAUCAAAAUAUUUACUUGGUAAUUGGUUGAUAAAAAUUCUGAAAACAUACAGCCCUUACUUGAAAUCCUUGUCAAGUUUUGAAAUUACAUUCUAUGCUGAAAAUUAAAUUACAAAUCUGAAUAUUAACACAAAUCAGGUUAAAAGUUUCAGCUAAUAAUGGUAGAUAAAAGGUGAUGUUGAUUAAAAUUACUAGUUUUAGGGUAAUUGAUUUUGUUAAAACAAUGAUUUGGUUCAUAUUUGAAAAAUGGUUAACUUAAUAAAAGUAAUUAAUGAAAAUAUUUGAUCUAAUUGGUUUUGAAUCUUCGAAAGUUUCAGCAUGAAAGCUUAAAUGUUUAAACAUGAAAUAUAUAGCCUGAUAGAUGGAGAUUGGAAAAAUAUCAGUUUACUUGUACAAUGGUGUUAUAAAAAUAGUAGGAAAAUUUUAAAACAAGUUUGUUUGAAUAUAAAUAAAACGUUUUCAGAGUUUAGUUAUUAUGUAAAAUGUGACUAAAGGGUUUAUUAUUUUGAGCUUUAAUGUAUGCAAUUUAUUUUUGAAUUUUCUAGUAUUGAGAGAGUAAUUUUUACCAUGCAUUAUUAAUGUUUUACAUUGAUUAUUGAUUGGGUGUAUUAGCCCUUGUACUGAUUAAACGACUGUUGUUGAGAUUACUUACAACA